UUGCAUGCAGGAGGAGUCUCAGAAAAGCCGGUGUGGUCACGGAGGAGAGACUGUAACCCUGCUGUUCAAGAGAGAGCCUCAGUCGUCACGCUGAAGACCUGAACUGAUGCUGUGGAACAGCUGUGCUGACUGUGCAUUGGAUGUUCAGUGGUGGAUUAAAUCUAAAACUCUUUAAGGCUCAUACAGCUGCAUAUUAAGUUCCAAAGCUGGUCUAUCACUGUGAGCUCAUGUGGAUGGUAGAGAAGAUCCGUGUGUCGGUGGAGAGAACUAACCUGCCCCUGCCUGUCUCGGAGUACACCUUCAGAAUCGGGGACAUCAUGUUCGGCGACAAGCACUCCGCAGAAAAGACCAAGAAGGCAUCGCUGUGUCCCAACAUCAUCACCCCGGACACCAUCCCUGAGUUCUGCAUCCCUCCGAAGAUCCCGUCGACCGUGGAGGCGAAGGGUGUGGAGCAGUGCAAGGUGGCCGCCGUCAUGAGAAUACCUACCUGUGAGAGAGGCAGCCCCAAGAGGGAGGCUCCUGGACGGGAGCUGGUCGCCCACAUCAUCCAGGUGGAGAGUGUGGACGAUGGACCUUAUGACGCCUUCAGCGAUGAGGAGACCACCAACGCGGACCCCCAAAGCCAGGCGGCCCUCUCACUGCCCCACCUGGCCAAAGCCCAGACCUGCUACGGGUUUUGCACGCUCCUGGAGAGCCCGCACACCCGCAGGAAGGAGUCUUUGUUCCACAAUGACCCCAGCACAAACGGGGUCCCCUUGGUGCUGCCCCGGAGCAGGUCCAACACGUACUCCCCCAGGAGCACAUCCUCCACCUCCAGCUCCCCCUCCUCCCCGACCUCGCCCCACUUCAGCCUGAACAGCCUGACCACCAGGCUCUCCCCCAGGGCGUUCACCCUCAACAGGCAGGGCACGCUGGACAGUGACACCACCUCCUCCACAGAGUCCUCCCCCUUCAGCUCGCCGCUGCUGCCCCGCUGCCCGCCCAAGUGCUCCCUCUUCAAGGCUCUGAGCCACGAGCGGCUGCUGUACCGCAACAUCCGCAAGACGGCCGUCUCCAGGAACAACUCGCUCUCCACAGACGAGAGCAGCUCCACGGACAACAGCCCCAACGUGCUGCGGAGGGCGUCCGAGGGCCUGGUGGAGCCCAUUUCGUGUGGCUACGGCCUGGCGCCCCCCGCCAUCUUCCCUAUUGACCUGGUGCUGCAGCGCGAGCGCGUGAUGAAGGAGAGCCUGGUGUCGGUGGGCAGGGACGGCGUGCUGCGCCUCUCGGCGGAGUACUGCCCCGAGAACCAGCGCCUCCGUGUGCGCCUCAUCAGCGCUGAGGGACUCUACUCGAUCGCCGUGGACCCCAAGAGCAUCAACUGCAGCGUGAGCAUCUCGCUGGUGCCCGGAAAGGUCCAGAAGCAGCGCAGCACGGUCAUCAGAAAGAGCCGGAACCCCAUCUUCAACGAAGACUUCUUCUUCGACGGGGUUUCGGAGGAGGACUUGUCUCUGUGGUCGCUGCGCUUUAAAGUGGUCAAUAAAAUGUGCACCAUGAAGAGAGACUAUAUCCUGGGUGACUGUGAGCUCCCAGUCACCAGCAUCAUUAAUGUGUAAUAUUACACUAAUGUCCAUCUUCUUGAAUUGCUCUUAUUUAUUAUCUUUGUAAUAUGGAAAUGGCUAUUUAUUUACUUUUUUACAUUGUGAUGAUUUGUUUUCUAAUAAAAAUUG